AGUUAGAACAGAUGAGAUGUUUAACGCAGAGGAAAUCCUUGAUUUAUUAAAGAGUUGUCCCGAAGGUUAUCUUAAACCGGACCAUAAUCUAUUUAAAACAAGUGACGCAAAUAUAUUAAAAACAUACAAAAAACUGGGAGCCAUAAGCAACAAAGAAGAUGAAUGCCUAAACGAUUCGCUCAAUAGUGCCGCCAACGAAAUAUUUUGCAAUGUGUUUGGUUGUAGCCUAGUUUUUGAUAAUGUGGCUUCCUACCAGAGUCACUACAAUGCAAUGCAUCGCUUUAUAUGUGCAGAAUGUAAAAAAUCUUUGCCUACGGAGCAUUUGUUAGACUUGCACAUAUCGGAGCAUCAUGAUUCCUACUUUAAAGCUAGAGUAGAAAGAGGUGAACGUUUGUUUAAAUGUUAUUUGGAGGAAUGUAAAGAAGUAUUUGGCAAUGCCUUGGAACGUAAAGAGCAUUGUAUAAAACAACACAAAUUUCCCAGUAAUUUUAGAUUUGAUCAAAUUAUUAAAAAUGGCCAAAAUAAAAAAGAUAAAGCGUCCAAUAAUAAUUCCGAACAUAUUCCAAUGGAUGUGUUGGAAGAGGCAAAACCUAAGGAUUUCAUUAAUAAGGAACUGAAAGUAAUUUCAUUUGGCCACCAAAGAGAAAGGACCUUUCGCGCUAGGAAUGGCCCCAAACAAAAUGCAGGCAUUGGAAAAACUUUGGAAAAUAUGGAUUCUUUAAAGGCAGCAUUGGAAUUAAUGUGAUUUACUAUAGACAUAACAAUUACAUUUUUUUUAUUGAAUUUUAAAAAUUAUUUAUUGAAUAUACAUAGAACAUUAAAA